CCUAGGAUAGAAGGAUUCCCCACAUCACAUUACACAAGAUCCCACUGCGCUUCCCAAAGUGUGAGUGCCACUUUUGUGUCCUACCUUAUAUGUUCCCCACCCUAGGUCCCCUCUUCACCACACUUCACAACCCCACAAGGUUCCUUAAAAUCCUUCUUCAUAUUCUUACCCCCCUCAAAAUCCUUAUUUCAAUCAUCUCCUUCAGAUAUAGCAAUGACUUUUCAGAAGCAGCAAAAAGUUCCUUGAUUCAUUACCAGGUUCAAGCUCUCAUUUUCCUGAGAUGAACUUAUCUCCUCUCACAAACGAAGGGAUUCACUCCACCCAACAUGAGUGGUGGGGGCUGCUACAAACCGACACCAAACAAGAAGGUUCCAACAACACUCUUGCCAUGCCUCAAAACCUCAACCAAUCAGAAUCACCCUUUCUUCAAGGUUUACACUUUCUCUUCCCUUCUCUCACAACCUAGUUUCUCAUCAAACACUCUUUCACUUUCUUAAACUCCAUAUCUCUAGCUCAGUUGGUUGAGAUUGGUGAGUUAUUAAAAAGAAAAAAACCCUCUCUUCUCACACUUAGUUCUUCCUUAAACAAGAACACUUUCCAUGGAUUCUAAGAGCUCCAAACUCCACGGGCUGAGCGGCUCCAUAGCUCAACGCGUUUUCUUCCGCGCGUUAUUCCUCGCCUCCGCUGUUUCCCUCGUUGCCCUGAUUCGCUUCCUCCCCGCCGUCGAUUUGGAAUCUUUGACUCCCAAGACCAACGUUGACUGCGUCAUCGACGACUCAGAUUCGCUCUCCGAAAACACCACCUUAACCGCCGGCUCCUACUUGUUCCAGAGCCGCAUCCUCAACACCUUCUGGGGCUCCUUCGACUCCAUGAACUGCAAAAACGACACGAGUUUAGCUUCCACCAUCAUCACCAUUCUAAAGGGUAAACGACUCUUGAACUUCGGAGCUAAAAGCCUCUGCGUUGGAGAAGGGUCUAAUGUAAUUGUCUCCGCAAUGCAAAGGUUGGGAUUCUCCAGUGUUAUUGGUCUCCACAAGCACCCUUUUUUCUCCCUCAACAAAAAGAAAAUCGCGUGCCGCUUUGAGUACGAUGAUUCCACAUUCGACUUCGUGUUCUCCAAGGAUGUUGUUGACAAGGUUUCUGUUCCUGCGUUGCUGGUUCUUGAGGUCGAGCGUAUUCUCAAGCCUGGUGGAAUCGGUGCCUUGCUUGUUGGCUCUUCUUCUUCUUCUUCUUCCUCAGUGUCUUCAUUGUUGAGAUCUUCCAACGUGGUGCAUGUUGGUCAUGUCAAUGAGCUUAGCCUUGUGGUUUUCAAGAAAAGAUCUAUUUUUUAUAACCAUGUGCUUCCAGAAGAUUGUGCAAGUGUUCAAUUCACCAAGCCUUUGGUGAAACUAAUGGAGCCUCUUGUGGAGGAAAGAGUAAGAAAAGAUGUCAAGUAUGAGAAAAAAAGUGUCUCCUAUUUGCCUAAGUUUGUGGAUGUUUCUAAUAAGAAGAGGUUGGUGUAUAUUGAUAUUGGGGUGAAAGAGUUGGUGAAUGCAAAUGUUAACGUUAACGUUACUGAUUGGUUCCCACCAUCUUAUCCCAUUGAUCAGAAGGCUUUCAGUGUUUAUUUUGUUCAUUACAACGCUUCUGUGUUGUUGUCCUAUGUGAAACGGCCUCGUGUCACGUUUAUUUAUCAUCCGGGUUUGGCUGGGAAUAUUGCACACAAGAGUGGUGUGGAUGGAGAAAUGGAACCUUUUUUGGGUGAGGAAGAGUUUGAUUUCCUAGUGUGGUUCAUGGAAACUGUGCAGCAUGCUGAUUUUGUGGUUCUGAAGAUGAAUGCUGGGGAAGCUGAAAUAAAAUUCCUAUCGGAUAUAUUUGAGAAUGGAGCUAUAUGCUCUGUUGAUGAGUUGUUUCUUAGUUGCUCGGAGAGUGGAAAUGGUGAAAGCGAAACUAUGAGCAGCAGGGAACGAUGCAUGGAUAUUUACAAAGGUCUCAGAAGCAAUGGUGUGUAUGUUCAUCAAUGGUGGAAAGCAAAAUUGCAUCAAGGGGCUUAAGUGUCAUAUGUACAGUGAGUGUUGCUUGAGAAAUUAUAUCUGUUUUGUGUGUUUGAUGUCUUGCUGUCUUGAAUUACAGAACAACUAUCUAGUGGUAUUGUUUUUGUUGUCUAUCAAGGAAAGAGGAUGCUAAUGCUAAUGCUAAUGCUAAUGUUAAUGUUAAUGCUAAGGCUAUGAACAUCCGCAUGCUUUAUAAAUUAAUAAGCUCCCUUUGUCA